GAGAGAAGAUGGAGGGACGGAGAGUUAUAUUCCUUGUGAUUUUCUCCAUUCAUCUAGCUGUGGUACGUGUCCAAGAAAAUCAAAUUACUCCCACUGCCGUUACUCGAAGUUCAACUAGAGAUUCCGACAUAGAGUUACAGAAGAACAAAGUAUAUACUGUCCCUACCACAGAGGCGAAAUAUGGACCACAAAAUGUCGAACUGGUGUAUAACAGACGAUCCGCUCCCUCCACAUUAAAUCUCACAGAGGGGGCAGGUCUGGAACUCGAGUGUGAAACAAGCUGCAGUCCCCCAUGCAAAAUAAGAUGGUCUAAAGAUGACAAAGUAAUACAGACUUAUGGCAGGAAGAAAUAUCUAAACAUCACUCAGAUCCGGAGGACGCAAUCAGGGACAUACCACUGCCAGGCGCGUGGUGUUGAAGGAGAAUCAUCUUCUGAGGAGGUAGCCGUGACAGUUCAAUAUGGACCACAAAAUGUCAAACUGGUGUAUAACAGACGAUACGCUCCCUCCACAUUAUAUCUCACAGAGGGUGUAGGACUGGAACUCAUGUGUGAAACAGACUGCAGUCCCCCGUGCAACAUAAUCUGGUCUAGAGAUGACACAAUAAUACCGCCUUAUGGCAGGAAUAAAUAUCUGAACAUCACUCAGAUCCGGAGGACACAUUCAGGGACAUACCACUGUCAGGCGCGUGGUGCUGAAGGAGAAUUAUCUUCUGAGGAGGUAGCCGUGACGGUGCAAUAUGGACCACAAAAUGUGAAACUAAUGUAUAACAGACAAUCUGCUCCCUCCACAUUAUAUCUCACAGAGGGGGCAGGUCUGGAACUCAAGUGUGAAACAAGCUGCAGUCCCCCAUGCGACAUAAGAUGGUCUAGAGAUGACGAAGUAAUACAGACUUAUGGCAGGAAUAAAUAUCUGAACCUCAAUCAGAUCCGAAGGUCACAAUCAGGGACAUACCACUGUCAGGCGCGUGGUGCUGAAGGAGAAUUAUCUUCUAAGGAGGUAUCUGUGACAGUUCAAUAUGGUCCCAACUAUGUGACAAUUCAGUAUACCAGCGACCGUGAGGAAUUAUGGGAAGGACGUGGAGAGAUAACCAUCACUUGUAAUGCAGACUGUAAUCCACGAUGUAAUUAUUGGAUACGUCACAAUGGAAUCUACGUAUCUACAGAAAAGACAUAUGCGUUCAGCAUGGAUCGGAAAAAAUCGGGAGAGUACAGCUGCGCAGCCAGUAAUUCUGUGUCGACUUUUGCAAUUUUCUCUGAAACUAUGACGCUUGAUAUCAAAUAUGGUCCUAGCAAUGUGACAAUUCAGUAUACCAGCGACAGUGAGGAAUUAUGGGAAGGGGGUGGAAAAAUAACCAUUACUUGUAAUGCUGACUGUAAUCCGCGAUGUAAUUAUUGGACAUUAUACCACAAUGGAAACUGGUUUUAUACACAAAAGACGAUGUCGUUUAUCAUGGAUCGGGAAAACUCGGGAGAGUACAGCUGCUCAGCCAGGAAUUCUGUGCAACGGACUAAUGUAAAUUCGUCUAACAUUGUCAGACUUCAUAUCAAAUAUAGGGCUGUCAGAUUAUCAUCCAUAAAGAAGACGAUUUCACUUGAGGUAAACCGUGACCUUCCAUCCAAUGUUGUGUGUACCAUUGACUGUAACUAUGAAGGCUGUGAUUCUUCUUCCAUCACGGUUCUGAGGAAUUCCGAGGUCUACCAUACGAUUGACACUAACCAGAGCAUAUUUCCAAGUCGACAAGCGGUUGUGUCAGACGACGGAAAUUAUAAAUGUAAAUUAUCUGACAACACCAAAUCACAUGAAAACCUCCAACUUACCAUUCUCUAUGGACCAAGAAACGUCAGAAUUAUGAAGGACAAAGAAAACGCUGAUGCUGAAAUUUUUCUGAGAGAAUGGUAUAACUAUACAAGACUGACAUGUUCGUCAGAAUGCAAUCCAGCAUGUAACAUAUCGUGGUAUAAAGAUGGGAAGCUAUUGUCUUAUGAACGAAACAAGAUAUUUUCUAUUACAUCCUACAGACAACAUUCUGGAAAUUAUGAAUGUAAAGCAAGUGGAAUAGAAGGGACCGUAUCGUCUAAACAAGUGAAAAUAACAAUUCACUAUUCAACCAACAUUGUGAAAGUAAUACCAGACAGUAAAGUUUAUUAUUCAAGACGAGGAGGAAGACCACUGGAGAAUAUCACAUGUCAAGCGGACUGUCUGCCGGAGUGUACUUUCACGUGGAAGAUAGAAAAUCCAUACUGGUCGUCCCAAUACGGGUGGGAAUCAGACUUUAAUAAAGGCGAUACGUUAUUUGCAAAUAGAACGUUUCAAUAUAACGAUUAUAGACGCUUUAAAUGUGUAGCAAGGAAUUACGUCGACAACAGAGAAAGUAACUGGAUAAGAGUCUACGUGACGGAGGGACCGGACAACGUAAGAAUUACAACAAAACAUUCACGUGGAAGAGAACACGAGCCGUUUCAAAUGGAGUGUUCGGCUACUUGCAAACACGGAUGUCUAUCCUACAGUUGGUUUCACGAGAGAAAGUUAACUCACAGUGAGGAACUUCUUCACUUUAACAACCUUUCAAGGACAGAUAAUGGAGAAUACAUAUGUGCAGUCACAGACUACUUUGGAACAACCUCUAAAUCCUAUAAUUUAAACGUACAGUAUGGUCCAGUCAAUGUGAGCAUUCAGUACACCAGCGAUAAGGAAAAUUUAAUUGAGGGCCAGGGACGCGUAUACCUAACUUGUCAUGCAGACUGUAAUCCAACGUGUUCUUAUACGUUUUACCACAAUGGUCAAUACAAAUCAUUGAGUCGGAAUGGAAGUAUGCGUAAAGAGAAACGGAAUUCAGGACGGUACAGCUGUUCAGCAAAGAAUUAUGUAGCAGACUCGCCCAAAAAUUCCAGUAAUUAUGUUGAUAUAUACAUACAGUAUAAACCAAGAUUAACAGUUCCAGACUUUCCCCAGAUCGCUGCCCCUGGAUCGCUGAGGCUUAACCUUAAUGUUGACAGUUUUCCUGCAUCAAAUGUGACAAUAUUCCACAAGGAGGAGAAGUUGAAAUUCUUAUCCAAUUUUACGGGAGGAAAAACGUAUGAAAUAAACAUUAGUACUUGUCUAAAUGGAGGGAAAUACAGAAUUGUUGCUGAGAAUAUUAUUGGAAACAAGUCCGCCUCUAAAAAACUUACUGUUCAGUGUGCUCCUAUUAUUCUCACGUCUUCAAAUACCACAAACAAAGGUUUUCAAAUUGGAGAUACAUUGAAUCUGACAGUGAAAUUUAUGGCAAAGCCAAACCCAAAUGCAUCAUGGACAUUUUUCCCAAAGGAAAGAGAUGUGAGGAAAAGUGUUCCGAAAAAAACUACAGGGACGGGAAAGGGGUUUACAAGUAUUAUUGUCAGUCAUAUGAGUGUACAUGAUUUCGGAACCUAUCAGCUUACAUUGAAUAAUAAAUUUGGACGAAAUGUAACGGAAUUCAACAUUCAAGGUCCCCCUCAACCACCCACUGAAUUGACUGUUGACUGUUCAAACACAGCACUAUUCCAAUGGAAGCCUGGAUUUGACGGAGGAAGCUAUCAGAGAUUUUUUAUUGAAUACACAACCAAUAUAUCGUCAUCAUGGCUCUCCUACAAUCCAAAUCCGGUGACAUCAGAGAAUGUCGGCUAUCUAUCUACAGAAAUCAAUUUUCUCCAGCCCCAUGUUCCUUAUUUUUUACGAAUCGUUGCGAAAAACCAUUUUGGAAAAAAGCGGUCUGAGAAAAUUGUAAACUGCAUAGUGCAAAGUUUCCAAGGCAACGAAGCCGUGAUGGUUGUUGUUGGUGGAGGGGUGUUUUUAUUUUUGGUAAUUGCAGUCCUCGUUGUGGUGAUCAGUGUCAAACGAAAGCAAAGACUGAACAAAAGACGUGAAAACUCUGGAGAACAAAGCGGUACUCAGAAAGAAGACGCCGCAGAUGGAAUGGUUGAAAAUAUAUUAUAUAUCUCCGCUGAGGAAGCGACCACUUCUUUGGUAUCACCUUCAAAUCCUUCAGGAUCACGUGAUGCCUUGGAAACAGAUGGAGGAAAUGACGUGUAUUCCGUCGUAAUGAAGACACGAAAACCCGAGAGUGACACCCCAGUUUACGCGGAGGUUAAAAAAUCUCAAACAGCAGAUGGCAAACCACCGAUAAAAAAGAAACCAUCGAAGACAAGGAAAAGAUCCAGCAAAGGAAGGAAUGUAAAUGAAGAUGGACUGGUUUAUGUUGAACUUGACUUGAAGAUGGCGCCUUCUUCGUCUGAUGGAAAACCCAUCAUUCAUGGAGCAGAAGACAGGACACAGUACGUCGACAUUGAUUUUACCAGGCCUGCCAAACCAGUUAAAGAGUGAGACGUCAACGAAAGUCAGAAUACUGAACGAAAUCCGACUAGCUAGUCCAGAUGACGUUUGCCUUUUUUCGAAAUCCAUUGCAGUACAGUACAUUAACCCAUGACAAGACACAGUCUAACUAUUUCUGUACAUGAACUUCGUGGUUCGUGUUUUUUCUACAAACAUCUGUUCAUUCAUUGCGUUUAAACAGUUGUCUACUGUAUUCUUAUCGAUGUUCACGCAUGAUAUUUGUGUCACUGAAAACAACGGCUAAACGUGUAUGUUAACAGCAAAACAUGACAUUAUGUUAACGGCUAACCAUGACAUUGUGUUAACGGCUAACCAUGACAUUAUGUUAACGGCUAAACAUGUCAUUAUGUUAACGGCUAAACAUGACAUUAUGUUAACGGCUAAACAUGACCUUAUGUUAACGGCUAACCAUGACAUUGUGUUAACGGCUAAACAUGUCAUUAUGUUAACGGCUAAACAUGACAUUAUGUUAACGGCUAAACAUGACAUUAUGUUAACGGCUAAACAUGACAUUAUGUUAACGGCUAAACAUGACCUUAUGUUAACGGCUAAACAUGACCUUAUGUUAACGGCUAAACAUGACAUUAUGUUAACGGCUAAACAUGACAUUAUGUUAACAGCUAAACAUGACAUUAUGUUAACGGCUAACCAUGACAUUAUGUUAACGGCUAAACAUGUCAUUAUGUUAACGGCUAAACAUGACAUUAUGUUAACGACUAAACAUGACAUUAUGUUAACAGCUAAACAUGACCUUAUGUUAACGGCUAAACAUGACAUUAUGUUAACGGCUAAACAUGACAUUAUGUUAACAGCUAAACAUGACAUUAUGUUAACGGCUAACCAUGACAUUAUGUUAACGGCUAAACAUGUCAUUAUGUUAACGGCUAAACAUGACAUUAUGUUAACGACUAAACAUGACAUUAUGUUAACAGCUAAACAUGACGUGUAAUAUGAUGGCUAAACGUGAUGUGUAUGUUAAUGGACAACACGAACAUGUAUGUUAACGGCUAAAUAUAUGUCAAAUUUGUUUUCGUCAUAGCUUUGUACUGAGGGAUAUUGUACUUUUAAAUAAUUCAAAAUCUCUGCUUCUCAAAGAGCCCCUGCUACAAGUUUACAAUGUGUAUCUGUGUGAUACUAAGGUGACCUUGCAGUUUUACGUCACGUGUUUUCAUGACACAAAUAUCAUGUCAAUUCAAAUUAUUCAAGCAUUUUGUGCCAUCCACAUUGCAUAUUCUCAUUACUAAAUAUUACAUGUUUAUAUAAAUGUAAUCUUUCAUUCCAAAUGUACUGUAUUUACACCAACUUGCUUAAUGAUAAUACUUUAUUUAGAGAUGGUGAGUCGAUUGGUGUUUUACACUAUUCUUCUCCGGGACCUUCUACAUGACAUGCGUUACAAGCAUAAUGAAUAUUACAUAAUAUAUACAUAUACAUUCACAUAUGCAUGUACAGGUGAUGUCAUACAAUAUAUAUACUUAACGAGAUUCAAAAAGGCAAUACAAAUACAACAAAAAUAUGCAGGGGGAUAGAAGGAUCAUCACAGUUGUUUUGGUAAGUUUCUCAACCUUUCGUAGGGAGAUAACUAUCUCACAUUUAAAGGAAUAUUAUUCCGAAGUGCACAUCUGUGAACUGAAAAUAAUUUUUAUUUGUAUUUGUGUUGUGUUUUGGUACACAAAAAUCAUAAUAUAAUUCUGAUCAUAUUAUGUAAGUUUAAGAACUAUGAAAAGUUUUAUAUAGUCAAAUAUGCUCAUAGAAUUGCACUAAUUAGAAUACAAUUAGCCAACCCAGUUUGUCAAACAGAGGUUCUGGGGGAGCAUCUGGGGUUGCACCAAGUAUAAUUCUGGCAACUUGUAAAUGCGUUCCAUAAAACUCUAGCACAUACAUGUACCUCCAAACAGUGAGCCAAUAAUUAUUUUGUUUGUAAAAUAUAUGCAUUAUAAAAAAGCUCUCUGGUUUUCAAUAGGAGAUAUUUCUUAAUCUUACCCAAGAUAAAUAAUUCAUCAGUCAAUGAUUUACGAACUAUGUAUGUGAAAAUGAUAAUUUAGUUAUUGAUUAAUUUGAACACCAGGCAGUUUUUCAACUUCGACAUUAUGAAUCAUUUGUCCAUAUAUCUGUAUUAUCAAUACAUGAUUAUUUUGAUUUCAAUUUCCUUUAUUGUGUUCCCUUAAAUAUACAUUGUUUUAUCUACAUUCAAGACCAUUGAUUUUGUAAACACCCAUUUUUAAUUUCACGCAAAUCAGAAAGAGUGCUGAUUCAAUACAAUGUACAUAACUUAUCUUAAAUAUGUAAAGUUACAUCAUUAGCAACCAUUUCUAUAUUAGUAUACUUUACAUGCAAAGGGGUGUCAUUGAUAUACAAUAAAAACAGAAAGGGAACCAAUAUUGAUCCCUGUUGCACUCCUAUCGUAAUAGACAAGACACCAGAUGUACAGGAACCUACUUUCACACUGUGGAUGCGAUCACGUAUUCAUAUGAUUCAAAUCAAUCUACUACCAUAUUACCAAAAAUAUAAAAUUUCAUUAAGAAUAGUGUCAUUGACUUCACUAAACCCAAUAAUUACCAAUCCAGUGAAAUACUCUUGAUCCAAAGCACGUAGCCAAGAGUUAGUCUUGUUAACGCAGUUUCACAAGAGUAGAAGUUUGUAACCCUGGCUGUGGUUUUGUUAUCAGGUCAAAGAUUGAGGUGACGAAGCGUAUUGGGUUAACUGCAUGUUUAUUUUUAAAAGUUGGAAAUCGUUGUUAGUUUAUGAAUUGGUCUAUACUUGUCUGGAUCGGGUUCUGUCGCCUUUUUAAUGUAGUAGUAACGUUAGCAUGUUUAAAAUUCACUUGAUAAAAUAAAAUCAAAGGCAUGCA